AUGAAGACCCUGAUGCGCCAUGGGCUGGCGGGGUGUUUAGUGCUCACCACCAUGUGCACCAGCUUGUUGCUCAUGUACAGCAGCAUCGGCGGCGGGGGCCAGAAAGAGCCGAGCCAGCAGCAGCAGCAGGUGGCGGUGGCGGCCAGUGGGAAGCCGGAGACCGAGCAGCAGCGCCAGAGGCUCCCUGUGGGGGCUGGGCUCCUAGAGGGCUACAUCAGUGUCCUGGACCACAAGCCUUUGAAAAUGCACUGCAAGAGUUGUGCACUGGUAACCAGUUCUGGACACCUUUUGGGAAGCAAACAAGGCAACAGAAUCGACCAGACUGAGUGUGUAAUACGAAUGAACGAUGCACCCACUCGAGGUUAUGGUAAAGAUGUUGGAAACAAAACUAGCCUUCGAGUCAUUGCACAUUCUAGUAUCCAGAGAAUUCUGCGAAACCGCAAUGAACUGUUAAAUAUGAGUCAAGGUACUGUGUUUAUCUUCUGGGGUCCCAGCAGCUAUAUGAGAAGAGAUGGAAAAGGUUUGGUUUAUAAUAAUCUGCAAUUGAUGAAUCAGAUACUACCUCAAUUAAAAGUAUAUAUGGUUUCUCGGCACAAGAUGCUUCAAUUUGACGACCUCUUCAAACGGGAAACUGGCAAAGACAGGAAGAUAUCCAACACUUGGCUUAGCACAGGAUGGUUCACAAUGACUAUCGCAUUAGAACUCUGUGACAGGAUAAAUGUUUAUGGCAUGGUGCCACCAGAUUUCUGCAGGGAUCCUAAUCAUUCUUCAGUACCUUAUCAUUAUUAUGAACCUUUGGGACCUGAUGAAUGUACAAUGUACAUUUCACACGAGCGGGGACGAAAGGGCAGCCAUCAUCGUUUUAUCACAGAGAAACGAGUGUUUGAGAACUGGGCACGGACAUUCAAUAUUCACUUUUUUCAACCAGACUGGAAACCAGAAUCACUUACGAUAAAUCACCUGGAGAUUAAACCCGUGUUCUGA